CGCACAGUGGUGACGAAGCGGAAGUGGUGUAGCAGCGGGGGAUUUGAACUAUCAGAGACUCGGGUCGGCGGUCUGUGUACGGAGGGGCUCCAGGAUUUUUAAGGUGCAUGGAAUACAGAAAUGACUACAAAACAGCUUGCAAAGCAGCUGGGUCUGAUCAGAAGAAGCUCUAAGUUGUCUCUGAACUGUAAGAAUGGCAGCAGCCCCAAAUCUAAACAAUUUUUUCAAUACUUGAUUAUCAUUGAUUUUGAGUCCACAUGCUGGAAGGACAUCAAGCACUAUGGCCAGGAAAUCAUUGAAUUUCCUGCAGUUUUAUUGAAUACAUCCAGUGGAGAGAUUGAAUCCGAGUUUCACACCUAUGUACAACCACAAGAGCACCCAAUUCUUUCUGAAUUUUGUACAGAGCUGACAGGAAUAAAUCAGCAACAAGUAGAUGAUGGAAUUCCUUUAAAGAUUUGUUUAUCUCAGUUUUCCAAUUGGAUUCAAAAACUCCAGAAGGAAAGAGGAAUCAUUUUUCCCAAUGUCCUCCCAAACCAGCCCUGCCCUGAGCAAAAGAUGUGCGCGUUUGUCACAUGGUCAGACUGGGAUCUGGGCGUUUGUUUAUUGUACGAAUGUAAAAGGAAACAGUUGAGAAAAACAGAAAUUCUGAACUCGUGGAUUGAUCUCCGGCUAACUUACAAGCUAUUCUACAAUCGCAAACCAAAGGGCUUAAAUGGAGCUUUACAGGAUGUGGGGAUCGAAUUUUCUGGAAGAGAACAUUCAGGUCUGGAUGAUUCCCGAAACACAGCAACACUUGCUUGGAGAAUGAUUUGUGAUGGGUGUGUAAUGAAAAUUACCAAAUCUUUAGAUAAGGUACGGCCAUACAAACCUUCAGAGCAAAAUGGGAUGGUUUUGAUCGAGCAAACCAAUCGAUCUGUUCAAGAAGACGGCAAUGGGAUUUCAGAUGACAAGCAAGAUUUUAAAAGACAUCCAACUUCUGCACAUUCAAAUACUAUUAAUGAAGUCCGAUUUACUCCAUUUGUUCCUCCAAGCAAAAUCAAUAAUAAAAUCAAUGGUGGACAACAAGAUGGCACGUUGGGAGUAGCGCGUGUGGAUGUACAGCCACCACAAAAUCUACUCAAUGGACUCUCUACUACUAUACUUGGAUUUGGAAGUAAAUACAGACACUCAAACCAAAAUUCUCUGGGCCUUUUGCAAAAUAGAAUACAAACUGGCACUAUUACAUCUACACCUGUCAACAAUGCACCCCAGUGUCCCAGUCAUGUGUUAUUCUCUACCACUAUCGUGUCUGUAAAUGAUGUGUCAGGUAUGGAAGUGGACUCCAGUUCAGAUUUGUCCAUUUUGGCUGACUGGGAAGAAGCAGGUGUAAUAGCAGAUUCCCAAGAAGAACAAAGUGUUGGCUCUGGCGAGAAUGAAGAAUCCGUUUUACCACAAGUUGAUUCGCUAUCAGCUAGUGUUUUAAGACCUAAUGACAAUAAACUAAAUCUGCAGCCCCAUACCAAAAGUAUUCAGUGUCGCCCAUCCACUCUGAACUCUAAAUCAGUUGUGUACAGAAGUCCAGACACCACAAUUUAUAAUGUCAGUAUGAAGAAGCAAGUGUCCAAUAACUCCACAUUUAAACUCCCCACUGCUCUAAACAAACCUGGUGUGACUCCUCAAACUUCCAGGCAGCCAAGUAAAACCCCUUCAGUAUUGGAUUACUUUCCAAAGAGGAAACUUUCUAGUGUAAGCUUCUCUUCACCACCAAAGAAACUACCCUUUACCAUCCAUGAAGAUCAGAGUAACAAGACAUUACCAUUUGUUAGCGGGCCUUCUCGUAAAGUGCCUCAAACAGUCUUAAACUCCACUGUAAAUAUGAGUAGUAAUAGUAGGCCAACAAAACGUACCGGUAUUACUGCUCCAAUGUGCAACUGUGGCCGAAGGUCAAAGAAACUUACUGUGUCUAAUGGAGGUCCAAAUCAAGAUAGGGUCUUCUACAGCUGUGCCGUACGAAAGAGAGAUGAGGAUGGGAAAGGCUGUAGCUAUUUCAAAUGGGAAGAUACACUUCUGAAGGAAAAGUCUCUACACUCUUCAUCCAUUUUAUUCUCCAGUAGGAUAUCCGUUACUUCAAAUACAAGUCUAGCUUCUUCAGCAUGUUCUGAGACUCACAAAACCCUUAAGCUAAGACCAUCAUUAAGAACGUAGUUUUUAAAGAAUAUUUAAGGAUACACUGUGGGACUGUUUUUAGUCAGAAUAAUGUUGAACUCCUGAUUUUGAUAUUUUAAAUGAUGAUUUUAUUUAUGCUGUGUAGGGCCCAAGUUAUAAGCUUUCACAGCAACUAUACGUCAGUGUUUAUCAUUUCGCUGUGAGUUAUUACACUUUGUACUUGAUUAAUGCUCCUUGCACUGCCUUAUUGAAUAUGCCUGAUAAUUCUGUUACAAUUCUUGAAGCAGUCUGUUGCUCCUACUUUUUUACACCUAAUAUAUUAUGUGAUUACCAUGAAAUAUCCGCUUCGGGCAUGGCUGCCAGGUCAUGAAAAGUGUUAAGCAAAAAAAAAAUUCUUGCCAUGCUCUAAACAUGUUACUCCAUAUCUUUGAAAUUAUACAUUACAGAAUGUUUAUGCUGAUGAUUUUAUUGGAAGGACUUACAGCAUGACAUAGAUUAUUUUUAUUUUUUUAACUCGGUCUUAACAGUAAUACAUUAAAUGAAAUCUAUGUUUUAUGUGUUUUGAAGUUUUUAACAUGAAAUGUCUGUAUGAAUGAAAUGUUCUCCUGCACUCCCAUUUGUGUUUUUUAUAUAAAAAA